AUGGACAGCAGCAAGAAGAGCAAGAAAAAGGAUUACAAAGAGACUAGGGAAAAUAGGUUUGGAGAAAGGAUAAGUUACACUAAGAGGUUGGAAAUUGAUAGAAAAUAAUGAAAUCAAUAUUAACCCAGAAUCGCUUGAACAACUUAAUGUACAAAAUCUAUCUAAGAAUCAAUAUGUUAUCAGUGAUAAUCCCACUGAUUCUAUGAUGGUAAAUGCUAUUGAUAGGAGAACCCUUGGAAAUCACAUGAAAAGGAUGGAAGACAGAAGGAAUUUCGAGCAACCUACCUUGGAAGAAUCAUCAUAUAAUCAGCAUGAAAUUCCUAGGCUAAAUUUCAAAGAGCAACCUCAAUGGGAUCAGCCUGAGAGACCUUCAUCUCAGCUGAAGAGGAGCCAUAAGAUCGAAGAUGAUAUUAAAAAUGAUAAUGCUCCUAGAAUCCAGAAUUUAUCAAAACAUCAGAAAAAUUGGGAGGUAAAGGCGACAUCUAAAGGGUUUAUUUACUUCAAACAGAAAGAUAACCCAGAAUGCCAGUGGGAUGUUCCUAGAGCUUAUGACCCAUUUUCAAAGAAAUAUAAGCCGAUCUUUAAUUAUCAAUGGCAAAAGAUUAAAAAUUCACAAACAGGUGCUAAGUUUUGGAAAAAUUUGGAAACUGAAAUGACUCAGUCAUGAAAUCCAUUUAAGAAGACUUAUAUCUUUGAAGCUGCAAUGGAUAAUAAUCUGGCUUUCCUUGAGCUUUACUGAUGAUAUGGUGGAGAUAUCAACCUCACAGAUAAUAAGAAGAGGACUCCUCUUCAUCAUGCAUGAGCAAAUGGGAAUUUCCCUUUUGUAACAAUGCUGAUUAAGCUAGGAGCUAAGAUAGAUGAAGACGAUUAUGCAAUGAUGACUCCAAUAUUUUAUACAGUGAAAUAUCAUCACAAGCAAUGCCUAAGAGCCUUAAUUGAGGCUGGAGCUGAUCUUGAGGUGACCAAAGCUAAUGGAGAUACAUUGAUACAUGAAGCUGCUAUCUAUGAUUCUGCUGAUUGUUUAAUAGAGUUAGCUCAGCAUGGCUUAGCCAUUAAUAUUAAGAAUAAUAUUCUGAGAACACCUCUUUCACUGGCCCAAAAGAAGAAAUCUAAAUAUGCAUAUCAAGCUUUACUCAAUCUUGAGAAGGCAAUAACUAUGACUAAUGCCUUUAUUGAUAGAGAAUAUGGAGAUCAAGAUACUGAAAAGAUUAGGAAAUCAAAGCUCAAAAGUUCUCUUAAAAAGGCCAAAGAUCCUUCAACUCCCAAGAAGAAGGUCAGAAUUAAUGAGGAAGAGGAGUACCCUGAGGAUCAAGUUGAAAUAUCUAAAGAAGACCAAACUCCUAUACAAGAGAAAAAUGAUAUCCUGAACAGAUUAAACAAAUUGGCUUCUCUCAGGAGUAGUCUUCGGUCAUCAAACAGCAAUAUAAGUGACUUUACAAAAUAUGCGACAAAGGCGCUGCAGAGCAACAGGGCAAAUCAGGAUGAACUCUUGCAAGAAAUUCUAGAAUACGAAAAAGAAGAGAUCAAAAAUGUGGAGCAAAUCCUUCGUCAGUCUCAACUUCAAAAAGAAAAAGAGAAAAAGAUAGAACAAUACGGCCAGAAGGAAAAACUGAGAAGGUGGCAAAUAAUUCAACAGAAGAGAGACCAAAAGUUGGACAAUAUACAAAAAGCCAAGGCUAAAGAUCAUCACUGAAGAAGAAGAGAGGGAGAAAUAGAAAAGCUGAAAGAGCCAAAGAAGGACAAUCCUAUGAACAACUACCUGAUCAGGGAGAAAAUGCCAAUAAUGGUCCCUAAGAAAAAGAAGAAACCCAAGGCCUUGCAGCAAUCCCCACUAGAAUCUUCACAAGAAGUCCAAGAAGAACAACUCCAUAAGGAAGAAAGUAAAAUCCCAGAAGAACCUGAAGAAGAAGAGUCUGAGAUAGAAGAAGAGCUUGAUUUCAAAGAGGAGAAUCGCAGUUUUGAAGACCAUCCACUUGACGAACAACAUAACUCUGAAAUCACAGAGGAAGAAGAGAUUAGAAUGAGCAAGUCCACUCUGAGACAGAUUAAGGUCAAGAAGAGGAAUAGAAGCGCAGGGCCACCAGGAAGAGCCCCUGUUUACCUUGAUGCUAACUCCUAUGCCUCUCAAAGCAUGAAAAAGUUAGGCAAGCUUUGGAAAAGGUUCAAAGAUUUUCUAAACAGAAGAUAUGAAAAUAUUAAGGAAUGGAUUACUGCAGAAGAAGAGGAUAAGAAAACUCGAAAGAAAAGACCUAAAUCAAAACCAGUUCCAAAGAGAAAACCUUCAGAAGAGUUAGAAAGAAUUGGCAGAAGAGAAAUGAUAUUUGAGCCUGAAAGAAGAUUAUCCAAAUCUAAAGAGAGAGGGUCUUCACAUGUAGAACCUGCAGAAGAAGUUUACCUUGAAAGAGCAGAAUCACGUAGGACAGCAAAAGAUAUUAUUUUUGAGAAAAGUACUUCAGAAAUUGUGGAAGAGGCUCCGUCUAAAAUAAUCUUAAAGAAAAUAGCUAUGCUAAAAGCUGAAGAAAGGAAAUUAAAAGAAAUUGAGGCACAAAUAAAGCUUGACCUCAAAAACUCUAACUCCCAUCCAAAUGAUAUCAAGCCGGAAGUUCCCAACGAGGAAGUGGCUCAGAACCCUAAACCUAAGAAGAAGAGAAAGGGACGUAAAAAGAAAAAGAAGGUUCAUCACGAUAUGAAAAAGAUGAAGAAAAGACAGAUACAGAAGAUUAUGAACCAAGGAUUUUCCUCAAGUGAACAUGAGCCUGAGAUACACCAUUUUGUGAAAAAAUUCAAAUCUGAUCAUGAAUCCUAUACCAAAUCUAAUGUGAAGGAUCCAUCAAAUGAGAGGGAAGAGACUGAACAACUAAAGGCAGAAAAGAUAGUAAUCGAACCUCUUAAUAACGAAAUUGUUCAAAUCGGAGUUGAAGAAGUUCAAGAAAUUGAAGAACCAAAGAAUGUUCCAUUAGAGAAUAAGCUAAUCGCUCCAAUUAAAAGUGCUCCUUCGCCUAAGCCUCCUAAUUCUCCUAAAGUUACAUCUGAGCAUCGGAACCUAGACAAAGCUAAAAGGGGGAUUUCCAAAUUUGUACUUGACUCUAAGACUCCGAAAAUGGUGAAGCACUCUAAAAGCUCUAAGGCUGAUAAAAAUGCUCAACUCUUGAUGAAAGAGUACUCAGAUCACAGUGUGGGCAGUGAGAAUAUCAGGUACAAAAGUGUGGAAAGACCUCGUAACUUCUUUGAUAGACUAGCUUUACCAGAAUUUACUAAGAAUUACAGUGGCUCGAAGUAUUCCUUGAGCCAUAACUCAGAGAAUAACUCUAACAAGUCUGAGGAGGAGAAGAAUAAUCCUCACAUGCAUUCAGUAGGGAGUCUUGAGAAAAUACCUGCAUUUGAACUGAAGAAUGUCAAGCAAGAUGACAAGGAUUCUAAAAGUGAUGUGGUAGAAAUCCAUGAUGAAGAGAAGGAUGCUGAACCAGAGAAAACUCCUAGAGUAAUCCAAGAGGCUAGGGAUAAGGAUGAUAUUGAUGAGCCUCAGAAGAAGCAAUCUUCAGAAGUUCCACUCACAGCUAAGGAAUAUAAUGAAAUUGUAAAGGAGUCUCUUGACUUUGCCACUUUUCUUAAAAAUCAAGCAAAAGAGCUAGAAAGUAUUAGAGACAGCAAUCUUUCAGAUGCUCUUAAAGUUCAGAGAAGAGUCGAGAAAAUGAUAAAAUCUCCUAAAUCUAGCCAACUCAAGCAAUCUUCUGACAAAACCUCAAAUAUGAGAAAAACCCUUGAUUUUAUAUAUAGUGAUAGUGACGAAAGUCUUGAAAAUCCUGAUCCUCAAGAAAUCAAAGAAGGUAUUGCAGAAUUUAAAAGACGAAGCCUGAUAGCUCAAUCAGAAGGUCUCCUCAAGAACAUAAAGAAAGCAGUAGAAAAUGCUAAACUUUGCUUAAGCAAUAAUGAUUUUUCAAAUCCUGUGUUCAACAAGCUACAUAUGGCUAGCAAGGAGAUGCCAAUCCAGAAGAAAAAUAAUGCUAAACAUUUUGAAGAUGAUCUUGAUGAUCUUAUAGAUGAUGAUUUUCUCCAGUCAACUCCUUCGAAUCAGAAGCAUAAUGAAGAAAAUAAACAGAUAAAAGAAACCCUGCAGGAUGAACUGAAUGAGAUUUACAAUAAUUAUGCGGAAGGAAUGUUUAAUAAUGAAGACUCUCUUACAUGAACUCCAAGAGGGUUCUCCAAUCUCAAAAGUGUCACUACUAAGAAAGGAUCAAGCAAGAAGAUUCUUCAAGAAUCUUAUGGGAUUUACCAAGAAGAUGAUAUCCAUAGUGGAGAGAGCAAAGAGCCUGAGAUUCCUUUUGCAAUGGCAGAAGACCCUUCUACUCCAAAAGAUCCAUCUGCAAACAAGGUUGAUGAUUAUGUGAUCAAGCCAAGUCCAAAAGUUAGUGAUUCUGAUGCUGAGAGUAGAGAUAAUAAUGAUGAUGCUCCUCCAAAUAUAGUGACACUAAAUAUAAACAAAUCGAAGCCUAAGAGACCUUCUUCUCUUGGGGCCACUCCUAGCACUGAAAAGAAGCAAAAGAGGAGAAUACCAAAAGUAGUGAAGGAAAAGCUGAUGUCCCUGACUAGAGAAGGCUCAGUGAUUAGAAAAUAUUCUGCUGAGAAAUUUAAGGAACCCACAGAUGGAAAAGCUACUAAUUCUAUAGACCGUUUGAAACAAAACAUAGCCAAGUUCAAAAAGAACGCUAUGUUUAGAAAAGGAUCUGAGUCUGAACGAUCUGUUAAGUCUAUAUUAUCUCGGGAAUCUCAACAAUAAGUGUUCAUAAAAAUUCAGAUA